CCUAGGGGCCCACACCUGCUUAAGAACACCAUGUACGCAGGGGUCCUGCAGGGAGCUCGACAGUUGGCCAUUGAAAAGAAGGGGCAGUAGCAUUGAGAGACCUCCAGACUGCACAUGGCCCUGAGUCCAAUGGCUGGUGUGGUCCUCCAUGAAGACCCAAAGAUGACACCAAGUCUCAAUUCUGGUACCCUCGCUGGGCCCAACAUGGAUGUGGCCUUUGAUCCUAUCUUGAGUCCACCCCAUAGUCCUGGAGUGCCUCUCGUUCCAGACCUGAAUCCAACUCUGAAUCUUGUUCCAGAGGAGGCCUCUGACCUAAUUCCUGAUAACACCGCCAGCCCCGAAGACAAUCCGAGUCUCAUCUCAAAGCCUGACCCACAGGGGUCCCUUAGUCCAGCCUCAAACCCUGUUCUGAGCCCAGGCCCUGCAGAGGCCACCUGUCUGAGCUCAGGGAACCACUCUGGGCUGAAUCCUGAGCAGGACUGCAAGCCCCUUCUGAGCAAGAUGUUUGAUUUGGGUCAGAGUAACUCCAACCCUUCCAGGCCCGAUUUGAGCUCAUUUAUGAGGUCCCAUUCUAGAGAAGCCCUGGUUCUGGGCCACUGUGUCUCUCGGUCGGGCUCACAAGCACCCCUUAUUCGAGUCUCAAACACUACUCUGGACCCUGGCUCUAAUCAGCUUCUCGAUGUGGGCUCAAAAAACAUCUGCGCACUAAACCUGAACACUGAUGCAGAUUCUGGUGGCACCCCAAUCCCAGACACAAAUGAGACUCUCAAUUUGGCUCCACGUAACAUCGCUGGGUCUAUUUCCAAAGGAUCCUUUGGUGCAACCUGGAGCACAAGUUCAAAGGGGACCGUCAACGUGGCUUCUAAUAGUCUCCCCAGACCUGAUGUGAACAUGACUGUCACUCAGGCCUCAUGCUUGACCCUGAUUUCUGCCUCGAGCGAUGGUGUCAGCAUGCAUUCUGCUGCCCAUGGCCCGAGGUCCUCCCUCUCGCCACCCUCAUGCCUGACUCUGAUCCUGGGCUCCAAUGAGACUCUGAGCAUGGGCUCCAGCCUCAUGAUCAGUGACACCUCCACCUUGACAUUGAGCAGGCAGCAGGAAUAUUCUGAGGACAAUAGCAUUCGCACCAUGCCCCUGGAGGGGACUCUGGACAGCUGGGCCGAGGUGUGCAACAAUGUAGUCAACGACAGCUUCCCUGAGGAAAUCUUUGAUAAAGUGACCUCAAAUCUGAGGAAGGUGCCAGAGAACAGAGAAGAUGACAACAAACCGGCACUGGUUGAGAACGUCAAGGCCAUUCCGAAGGGCCAGGACUUGCUGGAAGGGGAAGGAAAGAAGAAGUCCAUGAUGAAGAAGAUGAUGAGGCAGAUCCAGGAUGAGCCGCUGGAUUCCCUUUCAAGCUCCGUCCGCCGGCAGGCCAUGGAGACCCUGACCCAACUGAGCCACACCCAGCCCAUCCUGGGUGUGCGGGAGAGGGCAGAGCUGGUGAACACGUGUGUGCGGAGUGUGUUCUCACUGCCCUCGGUGCAGGCCAUGCAGGAGAGAGACGAGGCCAAAGCAGAGGACAUCCAGACACUUUACCAUCAGACCUUGGAUGCUCUACAGACAUUGCUUAAUGCCCUCUUUAUUGAAGACCCCACUCCUGCUGGACUGAAGAGCAUCUUGGAGCCCCUAGGGCCCUGGAUGAACUCUGGGAAGGCCCACGAGCGAGCGCGAGCUGUGAACAGCAACGUCUCCGUGUUGAACCACACACUCCUGACUCUGCCUUUCUUCGUUCCUCGGGGGUUCCCCGCACUGGGGCUCCUACUGGGGAGGCUCAUCCUUCGCAUUGGGGAUCCUGACGAGGAGAUUGGCCGGGAGGCGCUGGACGGCAUCACCAUCCUCUACACUAUCCUGCAGCUCCAGAAACGAGCCAGAGAUAAGAAAGAGACCAACAAGAAGGAGCUGUACGAGAGCAACAAGCGCUUCCUGGGGCCCUACAACCCUGUCAGCCCAUGCCAGAACAUCCUGCGUGUGAUCGCGGAAUUUGGAGACUUCCUGGGGCCCCAGCAGGUAAAGGACCUGUUGCUGGCAGCCCUGGAAGGGCUGAAAGGCGGCUCAGAGGCUCGGGGGAAGGACUCCGGGGAGAUGAUGCAGCUGGCCUCUGAGGUCACGCUCAGCUCAGUGCUGGAGUGGUACCGCCACAGGGCGCUGGAGGUGAUCCCAGAAAUCAUGCAGGGCAUUUAUAUGCAGCUGAGCCACAUCCAGGAACCUCGGGCCCGUGAGGUGGCCCUGCUGCCCGUCUCCCUCCUGGCCAGCUCCUUCAUGACGGAGGUUGUGGUGGCCCUGCUCAUGUGUCCCCUCCCGCUGGACAGUAAUGGAGCAGAGAUGUGGAGGCAAUUGAUACUGCGCAAGCCCAGCUGUGAUGUCCGAGAUCUUCUGGAUCUGCUCCUGACCAGCUUGAAGGAAAAGCCAGUCACCAAGAAGGGCCGGGCCUCCAUUGUGCCCCUGGCGGCAGCCAGCGGCCUGUGUGAGCUGCUGUCCGUCAACAGUUGUGUCUGCCGCGUGAGGCGCAUCUACCCGCAGCUGCUGCUGGCCCUGCUCAUUCAGGUGCAUUACCACAUCGGCCUCAACCUGCCCGGCCGCGUGGCUCCUCGCAAGGAUGCCAAGACCAACACACAGCCGCCUGCCUUCGUACCUGUGCACUGGGUGGUGAAAGUGGUGAAAACCCUGCUGCUGAAGAUGGGCUGCUCUUACGAGGCCACCUCCCUGGAGGACCAGGGUGGCUGGGAGCUCAUGGGGCAGGCGGAGAACCACCAUCGCGGAGGGUCUCUGCUGGCAAGGGCCAUGGUGCACUACUCCUGCCAGGAGCUGUGCCGCAUCCUCUACCUGCUCAUCCCGCUCCUGGAGCGAGGCGACGAGAAGCACAAGAUCACCGCCACAGCCUUUUUCGUGGAGCUCCUCCAGAUGGAGCAGGUGCGCAGGAUCCCCGAGGAGUACUCUCUUGGGCGGAUGGUGGAAGGCCUGAGCCACCAUGACCCUGUCAUGAAGGUGUUGUCCAUCCGAGGCCUGGUCAUCCUGGCCCGUAGGGCUGAGAAGAUGGCCAAGGUGCAGGCCCUCCUGCCAUCCAUGGUAAAGGGCCUGAAGAAUGUGGAUGGUGUGCUCGUGGUAGAGGCGGUCCACAAUCUCAAGACCAUCUUCAAGGGGCAGGACCGGAAACUGAUGGACAGCUCAGUCUAUGUGGAGAUGCUACAGGUCCUACUUCCGCAUUUCAGUGAUUUAAGAGAGGAUGUGCGCCUCUCCUGCAUCAACAUAUAUGGGAAGGUGGUCCAGAAACUUCGGCCACCCCGCACUCAGGCCAUGGAGGAGCAGCUGAUUAAUACCUUGGUGCCCCUACUGUUGAUCAUGCAGGAGGGCAACACCAAGGUGGGCCAGAAAUGUGUGAAGACCCUGUUCCGCUGUUCUUGUUUCAUGACUUGGGAGUUGCCAAAAAAAGCUUAUAGCCGGAAGCCCUGGGACAAGCAGCCACAGGCGGUGGCCAAAAUCUGCAAGUACCUUGUAAACACCCAUCGAGAGAAUGCCUUCAACUUCCUCGGCCAGAGCUUGGAGUAUACCAAGAACUCAAGGGCCUCCCUCCGGAAAUCUUCAGUCAUGUUCAUAGGGUCCCUGGUCCCCUGCAUGGAGAGUAUAAUGACAGAAGACUGGCUGAAUGAAGUGAAAGGUGCUCUGGAAAACUUGAGACAUGAUCCAGAAGCAUCAGUGUGCAUCUGUGCGGCCCAGGCCCAGGACCACAUCCUGGCCAGCUGCUGGCGGAACUCAUGGCCGCUGCCACGUGGGGACUCAUGGAUGUGUGACCCAGCCACCACUCACCGCUGGAGCCCCAGCUGUGAGAAGCUGCCCACUUCCCACCAACGGCGCUCCUGGAUCAUGCAGGCACUGAACUCCUGGAAGAUGUCGUUGAAGCAGUGAUGUCCCAGAGUCCCCAUCCAUGCUCAAGGUGGCCAAGUGCAACUGUGCUCACUAUAAAUGCCCGGUGGCUUACCUCUCCAUCGUGAGCGUUUCCCCAUGGGAGAUGCCCCAGGCUCCAAGCAGCCAUCACUCUGUGUGAUGAAUCUGUGAGGAUUUGUCAUAGCCUUUGCUUGUUGACUCAUUUGACAUUUACUGAUAAAUGUAGGCUGUUUUGUCCACUUUGUAUAACUGGGGAAGCUGAGGCUCAGAGGGGCGAAGGGGCUUGCCCAAGGCUGCACUGUAAGCCUGUUGGACGUCUUCCCUUCAUUAUAAGAGCAAAAGGAGGUGAUGAUUUGGAUGCCCUUUGGGGGAAGGAAAGGAGGGGAAGAGACACCCCCAACUCUAUGACAUCUGUAUAUCUCAGAACCCUGAUCUCUAAGACCCACCCUUGGGUUUUUGGCCUGGUGAUUUUCCACCACAGAUUCAAGCAGUAUUUGUGGGACCUCUUAACCUGGGCCAGGACUGCUCUGGAUGCCAGUGAUACAGACAUAAAUGAGACCCACCCCAGGUCCUGAGCCCAGGUCCAGAGUAUGAUGCAGCAGUUCUCAAUUAGGGGUACUUCUGAUCCCCUGGGAAUAUUUCACAACAUCCAGAAAUAUUUCUGGCUAAUGACUUGAGGGUGGGGAUGCUAUUAACAUCUGGUGGACAGAGACUAAGGGAUGCUACUAAGCAAAGCAUUCCACAAUGCACAGGACAGUCCCCACAGUCAUUCAGUUCAAAUUGUUUAAAAUGCUGAGGCAGACAAAUUUUGGUCUAACAGAUGAAUCAGAUAUAUAUAAAGACACACCAAAAGUACAACAGGGGGUUUGGGAGACUUUGGAGUCCAGAGGAGGUAUGUAGGCCAGGUGGGGGUCAGGCAAGUUUUCCCAAGAAGUGAACCCCCGGGGGUGGGUUAAAGAUGACUACACAGUGGGCACGUAUGGAGGGGAGCAGGGUAUGCAGGACCAAGAACCAACCACAGGUUUGUUGUGGGAUGAAGCCUAGAGGGCAGAGAGAGGACAUAGGGGAGGCUGUGUCAAGGAGGAGGACUUCAUCCACAGGAAGGCAUUGUGGGAUGCUAAGCAGGGAGAGAGAUGGGUGAAUGUCAGCUUUAGAAAGCUUCCUCAUACGGAUACAGGUGGGGCAUACAUUGGUACAGCUAUUUGGGAUUGGAACCUGUCACUAUUUGGUCAUAGUUUAUGCCUACACACGACCCAGCAAUUCCACUUGUGAUGGAUGACUGAGCCAAUGGUGACAACAUGUUUAGAGGUGAUCCAGGGCCAGAGGAGGGUGGGCAGGGUGGGGAAUAAAGCAGGGGAUAAAGGUCAGUCUGGACACAGUGAAUUGAAGACCUUGUCAACAUGAUAGUGAAGCCAUCCAUGAGGGUGCUGUCUGCUUCUGUGGACAGAAUAUGUCACCCCAAAAUUCAUAUGUUGAAAUUCUGAACCCCAAUAUGAUGCUAUUAAGAAGUGAGGAUUGGGGCUGGGGUUGUGGCUCAGCAGUAAAGCACUCGCCUAGCACAUGUGAGACACUGAGUUUGAUCCUUGGCACCACAUACAAAUAAAAUAAAGGUAUAGUGUCCACCUACAACUAAAAUUUAAGAAGAGGGUCUUUAAGAGGUGAUUCAGGGCUUAGUGCUCUUAUAAGAGAUACCAGAGAGCUCCUUCAUCACUUCUGCCAUGUGAGGACAUGGUAAAAAAGAUGGUGCAUAUGAAGCAGAAGCUGUCCCUUACCAUAUAUAAUUCUGUUGGUGUCUUCAUCUCGGACCCUCUAGCCUCCAAAACUGCGAGGAAUAAACAUUUUGUUGUUUAUAAAUCACAAAAUUUAUGAUAUUUUGUUAUAGCAGCCUGAACAUACUAAGGCAGCUGCAUAAGGUGGAGCUCAGCAGAGGGUCUGAGAUGAAAACAAACAUUUGUGCACAGUGAGGUGGGGGAGGGACAGCAUGGGAGUGACAGAAGCCUAAGGACCACAUCAUCUAAGCUUCUGCUGUGGAUGAGGAACCAAUGAAGUUGACCACACAGUUGUCUUCCAGUAAAUGGUAGGUCAAGAUCAUUGGGAUACUGGACCAGAGGGUGGGAGUGUGUGGGGGGAGUCCAUUUGCACAACCCUUUAACUGCCAAGAAUGUUCAUAACCAUUGCCUCUGUGAGACUUACAGUAGCCCUGGGGAUUGAGGGAGGGCAGGUCAGCUUUCUUGCCCACAUUCCACAGAUGAAGACACAGCCUGACACUUCUUAAGGAGGGAUGGGCCUUGCAAAGGUCAUAUAAGGGGACCAGUGGAGGCACUGAUCUCCAAGCCACAGCCAAGCUCUCUCUGUUCAGAGGCACUGCUGUUUUCAUUGGUCAGAACCCAGGUCUGGAUGAUCUUCACAACAAUCGCUGUAUUCUGUGUCUGGAUGGCCUCUGAGCAUAGUAGAGAUUUGGUCAGUUAUUGGCCAAGUAGUCUUUUUUUUUUUAAAAAAUAUUUAUUUAUUUUAGUUUUCGGCGGACACAACAUCUUUGUUUGUAUGUGGUGCUGAGGAUCGAACCCGGGCCGCACGCAUGCCAGGCGAGCACGCUACCGCUUGAGCCACAUCCCCAGCCCGGCCAAGUAGUCUUGAGUUGGAAGGUUCAAGAACACUGGGCAGGUCACUUCCUCUCUCUGAGUCUCCCCUGCUAUUACUUGAAAAACGUGUUUGUACAGAUUCUAUAAGGAUCAAGUGAAAAAAAAUGGAAGCCACUGUGGACUGAACACUGCUUGUCCCCACCCAAACUCGUGUUGUGGCUUGGUCUUCAAUGAGUGGUACUGGGAGGUGGGGCCUGGAAGCAGAGCCUCAUGAAUGGAUUGCUGCCUUUCUUGCAUGAGUUCUUGUUCUCACAGGACUGGCUAGUCACUGUAAGAGAGGGUUGUCAUAAAGCAAGCCCACUUUGGUAGUCUCUGUUUUGCACAUGCCUGUUCUUUGUACAUGCUUCCUGCCAUGAGUUGAAGCUGCAGGAAGCCCUUGCCAGAAGCUGAGAAGAUGCUAGUAUCAUGCUCUUGGAUUUCCCAGCCUCUAGAAUCAUAAGCCAAAAUAAAUCUCUUUUUAAAAUAAA